CAGGACGCGACGAGUCUUCCGUCAACCGCGAACCGGUACGACCGAGGGAAUAAUCGAGAAGUUCUUUCACUUCUAGAAUAUAAUUUACUAUUUUCCUCAUUACUGAUUUCAACGCUGCGCUUCGAGCAGGCCAGUACCAAAUCGGCCUAACGAGAAGUCAAUCAUCGCAGCCGAAGGACGUGGACCUAUCAACUAUAGUCAAAGAAGAGUCGACUGGCAGAAACGCUGAGAGGAAGUAAAACGAGAAGUAUAUAAAAGUAAUAGGAGUAAAACUAAGGUAAAACAAGGACAGAAGCACAGAGUGACCUCCGUGUUUCAAGAUACCGAGUUAACCGAAGGAAGGAAGGAGCGUACACGAAGGGAGAUCUAGAGAGAGAGAGAGAGGCAAAUCAAGAGCAAGAGAGAAAGAGCUAGUCGGGAAAAGCAAAAGCGACCGGUGGAGCAAGAGUUACUCUCAGUAGUCGAGUGGCCAGCACAGAGUCUCAUCGUGAGACAAGAGAGCGGCUAGAGAUAUUUAAAGAGAUAGUAAGAAAAUAAAUAAAUAAAUACACCGCAGAACUCUUGGUCCUGCGAUCAACUGGAAUCGAGAGGCUGCUCAAUCGGAUAUCGUAGAAUCGCCAAGGAGAGGAUCGUCGCUUUGAAAGGAAUAAUAAAAGAACACAUAGAGGAAGGAUCACGAAGUGUCUCGUUGUAGUACUGGAUAAACAGGAGGCGACCAAUCACGAUUACAAUAACUCGUGAUAAACGUAAAUAACCUGCAAAACUACCACGGCGAACAGUCUUUUGAAUUCUUCUACUUCCACUUCUUCUUGUCCUCAAAGAAGACGUCGACGACGUUCGGUUGGCGCUUCGUGUGUGCGCGGUUAGUGCGGCUGUGCUCAUAUUCUGUAUACCAGUACGUAAAACCGUAGAGACGUACAGAAGGCUGUACACGGUUACGGUGUAGAGUACGAUUCGUACGGUUCACCAGCAGGCAAACACAACCACUCCAAAGUCCGUUGGCAGUUCAGUUGUCUCCGAACCCCCGAACCGUUCGGACGUGGCUUUGGACCUCCGUUAUUACGGACUUUGUUAUACGUAUUUUGUUUUUUGCACGUCCAUUAACGCGGAGUGCUACUAGUUUCGUUUUGUCCCAGGUUUUUGGUUGAGAUAUUUUAAGAGAAUUUUUUUGUCAUUUUGAAAAUUUCGAUACUUGCACGCCCACUGGAACACUCAUUCUGUACUAUUGUAUUCGAUCGCGAAAACGACGACUUUCGCGGUUACUGAUCUCUGUGAGAGAACGGCUAUUGGUACAUAUACUAUUUGGGGUAACUUCGGCAUCGGGUGAACUGGCGGAUUUUCUACUUCCGGCAAGAAAAUCGUCAUUCGAAGACACGAUUUACUCGUUGGAUCCUUUGAUCGAUCAUCUCGCUAAGACGUAGCCGACACAGAUAAUGGUGGCUUCGCAGAACGACGGUGGCAGAAGCGGCACCGUACCGACGGACGACGCGGUCUACACCGUCUCCGUAGGCGGAGUUGGUUACCGCAACGAUGGAUACAGGGAAGACGGUACCGACGGCAUUCCGCCGGAACCGACCAAGCCGCCCCAGCUGCCACCUGCCGACGACGACAGUCAGUCACGAAAGUUCCGAUUGUCACGUGGCGAGAAAUGGCGAAUCCUCAAGAACAUCGGCGCCGUGUCCGUAGCCUUUAUGGUACAGUUCACGGCCUUCCAAGGCACGGCCAAUCUUCAGUCGUCGAUAAAUGCCAGCGAGGGUCUUGGCACCGUGUCCCUGUCCGCAAUAUACGCGGCCCUCGUACUCUCCUGCAUCUUCGUACCUACCUUCCUCAUCAAGAGACUCACCGUCAAGUGGACCCUAUGCGUGUCGAUGCUCUGCUACGCACCCUACAUUGGAUCACAGUUUUACCCCAGGUUCUAUACCCUGGUACCGACCGGUGUCCUACUGGGUCUAGGUGCCGCGCCCAUGUGGGCAGCCAAGGCCACCUAUCUGACCCAGGUCGGCGGUGUCUACGCCAAGCUCACUGAUCAACCUGUGGACGCCAUUGUCGUACGGUUCUUCGGGUUCUUCUUCCUUGCUUGGCAGACGGCUGAACUCUGGGGAAACCUGAUCUCGUCCCUUGUUCUCAGCGAGGGUGAAUUCGGCAGCGGUGGCGGCAACGGAAACGGCAGUGCCAACGAAGAAAAAAUAAAGUUAUGCGGUGCCAAUUUCUGCGUUCUUGGCAAUGGCGUAGAGGACAGUCUGAAGCGUCCACCAGACCACGAGAUUUAUGAGAUUUCUGGAAUUUAUCUUGCCUGCGUAAUCCUGGCUGUCAUGAUCGUCGCCGUGUUCGUGGAUCCUUUGUCGAGGUAUGGCGAGAAGCAGCGACGAGUCGACAGCCAAGAACUCAGUGGAAUCCAAUUGCUCUCGGCUACUGCUUACCAACUGAAGAAACCGUACCAGCAGCUUCUGAUACCAAUUACAGUAUGGAUCGGUAUGGAACAGGCUUUCAUCGGUGCAGACUUUACUCAGGCCUACAUCUCCUGCGCCCUCGGAGUUCACAAGGUCGGCUACGUGAUGAUCUGCUUCGGCGUGGUGAACGCCGGAUGUUCACUGCUCUUCGGGUCGGUCAUGAAGUUCGUGGGCAGGCAGCCCCUGAUGGCACUGGGUGCCGUUGUUCACGCAGCCCUGAUAGGCGUCCUUCUCGUCUGGAGGCCACAUCCUGACAAUCCAUACAUCUUCUACACGAUCUCAGGACUCUGGGGCGUCGGCGAUGCCGUCUGGCAGACUCAGGUUAACGGACUGUACGGGACGCUGUUCAGGCGCAACAAGGAGGCUGCGUUCUCCAACUACAGACUGUGGGAAUCAGCUGGAUUCGUCGUUGCCUACGCCUACAGUACGCAUCUCUGCGCCAGGAUGAAGCUCUACGUGAUGCUGACCGUACUGAUCCUGGGUACGAUAGGCUACGUGGUGGUAGAGCUUCUUCACAGGCGCAAACAGAAGAGGCUCAAGGCCAUCGCCGAGGAUCCCAAGGCCGCUCAGGCUGAGGCUAACAAGCCGGAGGAAACCGACGACGAGAAGGAUGAUAUAGAUGAUGACAUCAUCAUUACGCACCUCUGAAGAAGUCAAGAGAAAGUCAAGUGACUUUCGUAUCGGACUCAAUUUGGGUCUUGCGAUUUUUAAUGCGCUUCUUUCGCCCAUUCCUUUCACACUGUCUUUGGUAGUUUGGAUACGCGCCUUUAUCAUUGAUCCUCGCGUGCACCCGAAGUCAUUUUAUUUUAAUUCUUCGUCUCGUGUCUCCUUGUGAAAUUCACUUUGGGUGCUCGACCUAACCUCAAACCAGGUACUCUCGAACUACCAUAGAUGAAGCUUUUACGUGAAGCUGCUUGUUAUAAUACAGAGAGAUAGAUUUGCGAAAGGAGCUUUCAAUAUAUGUUUUGCGUACUGGUGCGUUAGACACGCACCUAUCACACCGAGUCUUUGGGUCUGGUUAUACCCACCUUUGUGUGCACGUGUCUUUAUGAACGAAUUGGUGAAUGUUGUGAGUGCUUAAACAGUGGCUGCUGCGCGCAAUGUGUGAUUACGCGUGUAGUCGUACGCGCGACAUGCACGUCGCCAUCUACUUACGUUAGCGGUGCUGUGUAUCGGGCUAAUCGCGUCUAUCGACACGCGGCUUAAGAAUUCUUUUUUUUUUUUCAUCGUCUGCGGCUUUGUAAACUGCACGAAAAUUGCUGUGGAACGCAUAAGCGAGGUGUACGGCCUUUGAGAAUUCGUUGGGAAUCGAGAGGAGAAAGAAAAGGAUGAAAAAAAAAUCGUGCGGAUACGCCGUUAGGAUUAUUCGCAACGAUGUUCACUGCCGUUCGAACGAUUAUUUUGUUUUUGGGAAUUUUUUUUUUUUUUUUUUUUUUUUUUUCUCUACAAUGCGCUAAACGCGACACUGCACCUUGCUAAUCUCAGGAGGCGACGUGCACGUUCGCGAAUCUCAAAGCAGUAUUCCUUCCGAUAAUGGCCGACGGUAUUGUCGAGGAACGUGCAAUAUUAUUCUCUGUCGACGAAUCAUAUUCCGUCCCUCGGUUGCGGUAGCUCAAAAGUCUCUAACCUAGAUAGAUAAGUAUUAUAAAAAAAAAAACAAAUCCGCGUAUACUUUAUUCUCCAGGCCGUGAAUGGCCGAUUAGAACGGAGCGUCGAGUUUUUUCGUACUUUUGAAUUUCCCGCGGCUAAGUCCGAACUAAGCGCUAUCCAUGGUGAACCAAUGAAGAGCUUCCACGUUGCGUAGGCUGUUGGAUAGGCUUCUUACGGUCCUAUUGGAGUCGCUCUUUUCUUUGGCGGGAAUUUUGAAAACCCACGUGAACCCAAUAUUGUCCUUGGACGUUCAUUAAUCGGGGUGUGUCCGACCGUGUAAUUUUAUUCACGUUAUUGUCACACGUGCUACUUUUCCUUUCACAUUAACAGAUUACUCACUGUGUUAUAUUGUUAUCGUUGUUCUUAUUAUUCUUAUCGACAAAAUAGAUUGCGAAAGCUAAAGUAACAAUUCGAUUCGGUCAAGAAAUUCCCCGAUUCUGGACAAACGCGAAUCCAUCCUCACAGCUUAAAUACUCGUGUCAAAUAUAUACAGUGGUCAUUAACGAAAAAAAAAAAAAAAAAAAAAA